AUGCUGUCGGGCACCGAGGCAGCGGCAGCGGAAUGCGCGGACGCGGAGCUGCGGUGCCGUGUUGCUGUGGAGGAGUUGAGCCCGGGCGGGCAGCCGCGAAGGCGCCAGGCCUUACGCACCGCGGAGCUGAGACUGGGUCGUAACGAGCGCCGCGAGUUGAUGCUGAGGCUGCAGGCGCCCGGGCCCGCGGGGCGGCCGCGGUGCUUUCCGCUGCGCGCCGCGCGCCUCUUCACGCGCUUCGCCGCGUCCGGGCGCAGCACUCUUCGGCUUCCAGCUGACGGCGCUCCCCGGACCGGCGCCGUGCAGCUGCUGCUCUCCGACUGCCCCCCUGACCGCCUGCGCCGCUUCCUGCGCACUCUGCGCCUCAAGCUGGCCGCGGCCCCGGGUCCCGGGCCGGCCUCCGCCCGCACGCAGCUGCUUGGCCCGCGGCCCCGCGACUUCGUCACCAUCAGCCCGGUGCAGCCCGAGGAGCUGCGGCGCGCGGCGGCCACUUGUGUCACGCACUCCACGCCGGUGAAGCAGCCCACGGAGCCCCGGUCGGGGGCCAAGCCCAGCACCGAAGUCCGAAGGUGGCCCCUGCCUGUGAAGAAGCUGAGCUUGCCCCCCACCAAACCAGAGCUUUCCAGGGAACAGGCUGCUGUGCUGAGGGUUGUCCUGAAAGGCCAGAGCAUUUUCUUCACUGGGAGUGCAGGUAGUGGGGGGCAGAGUGGGUGUGGGGAGAACAGUGGUGUGCUAGGAUGGAGGAGAAGUGGCCCUGACUUUGCCCUCUGCCCAGGGACGGGGAAAUCUUACCUGCUGAAGCGUAUCCUGGGCUCACUGCCUCCCACAGGCACUGUGGCCACUGCCAGCACUGGGGUGGCAGCCUGCCACAUCGGGGGUACUACCCUCCAUGCCUUUGCAGGCAUUGGCUCGGGCCAGGCUCCCCUGGCCCAGUGUGUGGCCCUGGCCCAGCGGCCAGGUGUGCGGCAGGGCUGGCUGAACUGCCAGCGGCUAGUCAUUGAUGAGAUCUCCAUGGUGGAAGCGGACCUAUUUGACAAGCUGGAGGCCGUGGCCAGAGCUGUCCGGCAGCAGAACAAGCCAUUCGGAGGGAUCCAGCUUAUCAUCUGUGGGGACUUCCUGCAGCUGCCGCCUGUAACCAAGGGAUCCCAGCCCCCGCAGUUCUGCUUCCAGGCCAAGAGCUGGAGGAGAUGUGUCCCAGUGACCCUGGAGCUGACAGAGGUGUGGAGGCAGACGGACGAGACCUUCAUCUCUCUGCUGCAAGCUGUGCGGCUGGGCAGGUGCUCAGAUGAGGUCACCCGCCAGCUCCGGGCCACGGCUGCCCACAGGGUGGGGCGAGAUGGGAUUGUGGCCACGAGGCUCUGCACCCACCAGGAUGAUGUGGCCCUUACCAACGAGAGGCAGCUGCAGAAACUACCAGGUGAGGUACACAGCUUUGAGGCCAUGGACAGUGACCCUGAGCAAGCCCGGACCCUGGAUGCCCAGUGUCCCGUCAGCCAGCUCCUUCAGCUAAAGCUGGGGGCUCAGGUGAUGCUGGUGAAGAACUUGGCAGUGUCUCGGGGCCUGGUAAAUGGUGCCCGAGGGGUGGUAGUUGGGUUCGAAGCCGAGGGGAGAGGGCUGCCCCAGGUGCGGUUCCUGUGUGGAGUCACCGAGGUCAUCCGUGCUGACCGCUGGAUGGUGCAGGCCACUGGGGGCCGGCUUCUCAGCCGGCAGCAGCUGCCCCUCCAGCUGGCCUGGGCCAUAUCCAUCCACAAGAGCCAGGGCAUGUCCCUGGAUUGCGUGGAGAUCUCUCUGGGCCGUGUGUUUGCCAGCGGCCAGGCCUAUGUGGCCCUUUCCCGGGCCCGCAGCCUGCAGGGCCUGUGUGUGUUGGACUUUGACCCCAUGGUGGUUCGCUGUGACCCCCGUGUGCUGAGCUUCUAUGCUACCCUGCGGCAGGACAGGGGCCUCAGCCUGGAGUCCCCAGAUGACGAUGAGGCAGCCUCAGACCAGGAGAACGUGGACCCGAACCUUUGA